GAGGAAACCAAUUAAAAUGGCGCGCGACCCGAAAAUCUUGGAAGUGUCGUGAGUUUCUCAAAGCUGACAAUGUCAAAGCUAGUCAGUGAAGUUUGACCAAAACUGAGUGACUAGACAUGAAUCCGGGAACCAGUCUACACUUUGAUGGGCAGGCCCUAGAGGAACAAGAGGAGGCGGAGCUUGAGCAGGAGGACCUCCGCAGGGAGCAUGAGCUGCGUGAGUUGCUGACCAACGCACUGCCCGAUGACCUUCUGGAUGAUGACACUGCUUCCUUCUCAAGUCACGAGUCCAAUGGCUCGCUCAGCCAGCGGCAUGAAAGUCCACCGAGUCCGAGCCAUGACCCGUGGUCUCACCUCAGGCAUCAAAUGCCAGGUCACCACAAGCUGGUCCAGCAACAACAGCAGCAGACCUCCACGCCAAAUUUGUUCAGCAAUCCACCCCCACUCAAGACUCCAGCAUCCACCCCCUAUCAGAAUGGGUAUAGGGAGCACCCAGGCAAUGGGCAGGACGGUGAGCCAUUUGUUCAGUCUUCUGAUGAGGAAACUCUGGGGCAGCAGUACGAGCGAGGAGAGAUCGAGGGUGCUGCCAGUGACGAAAUACAUUUGCAGAGACAAAACAAGGGGCACCAGGUUCCCAGCCAUGCUCAGCAGGACCUGAACUCUCAUGGGAACCAGGGACAGUUCCAGAGCAAUGGAUAUGCGCAAGGUAACUUGCACGGUAACCGGCCAAUGACCCACGGGUAUGGCAGUCAAGGUGACCACUGCGAUUAUCAGACAGCCCAUGGGACGAAUGGAUACUCGGAGGAGGGCUUCAGCCGUGAAUAUGCAGAAGGAGACCACAUGCAGAAUGGGAGCUUUGAGAACAACUUUGAGAAGCAAACACUGCAAAAUGGCGACUACGAGUAUCAGGACCAGAUGCACGACAAUAGAGUCCAACAGUACAGUCCGUCACGUGCCUACACUCAGCAAUACUCCCCCAGCCGUCCCCAUGUCAACACUAACAACCGACCCGCAUUGCAGCAGGCCAGGAAGCCCCCGACUUACGCGAGGGAUCUUCAUCAAGGGGGCCAUCCCGCAAAUAAAAACGACCCUGCCGUUCACAGGGUUCAGUACAGAGGUGACGGGGCCACCGCCACGUAUGUCAAUCAGCAGGAGGCCAUGCAACAUGGCAUGCAGGCUAUUAAUGGCUUCCCAGCGGUCACCAGCCAUGCUGCUGUGGGUUUUGCAGAGCCGGAUGCAGGGGACCAGUUGCAAAAGCAGUUCUUAGGUGUUGGUGGUGAUGAGGAGACCAGGCAGAUGGCACAGCUCCAGAUCCUGUACAAGGCGAGAGGAAGGGAACUAGACCAGCUCAGGGGUCAACUGCAAGUGCUGAAGGAAGAGUCGGCCAGAGAGAAGCGGAUAAUGAACCACCAGCUGGCCUUGGCCCAAGGGGAGAGAGCAGGCGCCGCUGCCAGCUAUGAGCAGUGCCAGGACCUACUGGCUGAAGCCCAGCAGGAGAACAGCACCUUGAAGGGGCAGCUGCAGGCCUCACAGGCCCAGAUACAGGUGCUGAACGUGGCCAAGCACGAGGUGGAAGAGAAACUGCAGUCCACCCAGUCGGCCAUCGACAGUCUGACUGGCCAGCUGACAGAGCUCCAGCGUUCGCAGCCCCUGGCCAGGGCUCGGGAACAGCAAGAUGGACUGCUGAAGAGUCUGCAGGACAGGUACGAGCAGGAGGUGACCAGGCUCAAGGAGAAGGUGGACAGUGGUGACAGAGCCCUGGAGGAGAAGACUAAUGAGAUAGCAAGCCUUCGUCGGGAGCUGUCUGGGGUGAGCAGGGCAGCCGAGCAGGCCAAGCUGGAGCAGGGGAACACCAUCAACGCCCUGACCAAUCAGCUGCAACAGAGCCAGAAGCAGUGCAGAGAGCUCCUUGAAACAGGCUCACUCCAGGAGAUCAACCUUCUCCGGGUCCAGCUCCAGGAGGCUGCAGCUGCCCGCACCUUCAGUCAGGACAUGACCAGCGCCUUACAGGAGGAGUUGUCGGAGAUGAAGGAGGAGCUGCAGAGGUACGAGUCGGCCAUGGAGUUGGGCGUCGGGGCGACUAAGUCCCCCGAGUCGGCCCACAAGUCCAAGUCCUUCGCUGUCCGGAACUUGGCCAAGUCUGACUGGAAGACACCUCAGAGCCAAGGGCCGUCGUCAGAUUCCACCCCCAAAUUGUCCCCGGAGGAUCUGGUGCAGGGCCUGCGCAGGGAGCUGGAGCGUGCCCUCCAGAGCAACCGGGCCAAGCGCACCCAGGUCUCCAAGCUGCAGACCGACCUGCGAGCGGCCAAGACCGAGAUGGAGGGGGUAAGGGCAAGGCUGCUGGAGUCGGAGACUGCUGCCAAGGAUCACGAGGUCCGAUUCAAGGUGUUGGAAGCGCAGCUUGAGACCACCAAAACCUCGCCUGCAGGUGAAAGCACCUCAUCUAGGCAUCUUACAGAAGAGAUCGACAAGCUGCAGACAGAGAAGGAAGAUCUGGCAAAGACGCUGGAGGCAGCCCGGGCCGAGGAGGGCCGACUGAACGAGGCGAACUCUGACCUGAAGAAGCAGAUGGCCCAGAUGGUGUCUGAGUGGGAUCAGGACAAGAAGGUUGACUUGGAGAGGGUGCAGACGACAUGCCUACGGCAUCAUGAGGACUCAUCGCGUCACCUCAGGGAGGAGUUAAUGGCUGAAUUCCAGUCUGAGAGAGACAUGCUGAAAGAGGCCCAUCAACAUCAGUUGCAGGAACUCAGGUCUGAAUUGGAGCAGGUGCAGAAGGAGCUGGAUGCAGUGAAGGAACUCUACAUCGCCGUGUGCGAAGAGAAGAAUUGCAUUGAGGAUACCGUCAGCAAAACACUGAAGCUAGAAGCUGCCAAACAGCUAGAAAGGGCCAACGAGGAGUGGCAGGCCCAGCACGAUGCUGCCCUGCAGGAGCUGCAGGAAUCCCUGCAGAGCAGUCACCGCGCUGCCCUGGUGACGGCCAAGAGUGCCUGGAAGCAGGAGGCAGAGGACGAGGAUAAGAAGACAGUGGAGGAACAGUUGGCCCAGGCCAAGGUUGAGUGGAGCGAGGCUGCACGCAAAGAGUUCGUCAAGAGUGCGCUCCUUGCCGCCGAGUCGGAGUGGAAAGUCAAGCUGGAGGCAGAGCUUGAGGAGAGGGUCGAGCAAGCCAAGAAGGAUCUAGGAAGCAGGCACCAAGAGCAGUUGAGCCAGCAGGAGCAGCAGCUCCAGGCAGAGCACGAGGCCGACAAGGCCGCAGCCAUCCAGAUGGCCCUUGCCGAUGCCAAGACGGAGUGGACUAAAGCCACCGAGGCCAGCGAUAAGGAGAAGAUGAAGAGAGCCAUUGAGAUUGCCCGGGAACAGUGGAUGCAGGAAGGUAGGGGUGUGAUUUUUAAAUUUUCAAAACCGAUAAGAGAGCAAUCAUUUACCUCAAUCCGUCUUAAACCGUCUGUUGGGCAGAGGGUAGCCGAGAGGACCAAGGCCCUGGAAGUCAAGCACCUGAUGGACAUCACCAACCUGCAGGCCGUGCUGGAGCAGGCCAGGCAGACCAUGAGGCAGGAGGCCCAGGCAGAGAGGCUGGCUGCCCUGGAGGAGGUCGAGACGCGGCUGGAGAGGGAGCACCGGCUGGGCAUUGAGGAGGCACUGAGAGCAGCCAGAGAAGAAGCAGACAGGGACAAGAGUCAAAGUUUGGAGCGUGCUUGUAGUGAGUGGCAGUCCAGACUAGAUGAAGAAGUCAGCGGCCGGCGAGAUGCAGUCAACAAGGCUGUGCAGGAUGCACAAGACCGAUGGCAGAAGGAAAAGCAAGAAAUGAUGGACGCCAGCAAGAAGGCCGCAGCAUCUUUGAAGGCAGAGAGCGAAGCCGAGCAGACGGAGCUCAGAUCCCACUACGAGGUAGAGCUGGAGAGGGGAAUAGAGGAGGCAGUGCGAGCAGCACGGGAGCAAUGGUCCCAGAACUGUGAAAGUGAGCUGAGGAAAGCCUGUGAUGAGAUCCUUGAACGCAAGGAGCAGUUGUGGAAGAAGGAGCGGGCCGACCUGCGGGAGCAGUUGCAGGAAUCGGCCACCCAGCUGCGGGACCACCGGCGGCAGGCCGAGCGGCACCGGCGGAAGCACGCCGUGGCCCGGCAGCGGCUGGAGACAGAGAUCGCGGCACUGCGGGAGCAGCUCGGGGACGCCGAGCGGGAGGCAAGGCAGACGGAGUACGGCCUGCGUCGGGAGCUGGAGCGGCUGCAGAGCCGGCUGCGGGAGGCCAGUGAGGCGGCCGUGGAGGUGCUGGAGCGUAAGAUGGACGGGAUGCGGAGGAGGCACGAGGAGGAGCUGGAGGCUGCCACACGACAGAGGGGAGGCGGGGAGAAGAUGAUCGAUGCCAAGACACAGACUGCUGCCAGUAAUGAGGAUGGCAUGUCCAGUGAGGCCCUGCAAGAAAUCAAAGCUCACUACAUCAGAACAGUGAAGAAGAUCAAGGUCGACGUGAUGAAACGAAUGAGCGACAUGCGAGAGAGCUGCCGACACACUGUACACACGGAGGUCAUGAAGGAACGGCACAACACAGCCAAGAAGCUACGACGAUACUACUUGCAAUGUCUGCAGCAGUUCCUGGAGGAAGAUCAGAAUCAAGCAGGGAACGACAACACUAAAGCACAGUCCACGGCCAGCAAGCUUGCUGCCAUGGCUAAGGCCCUGGAACUUUCCCCAGAUGAACUGACACUUAAGCUGCCGCACCCGGUGACGUCAGCUCCACUUGCAUCGAGAGGCGGAGACAAGGACUCUGGUCCUGCUGAGAGCAGCGACACAGUGGACACAAAGACAGCCACAGAGGGUAAGCGACAUCACUCGCAUCGGACUGUCGAGUCUCAGGGCCCAACAGCCAAGGUAAGACAGUUGUACGACUUUGAGAAGAACGUCACAGCUCCCAGUAGUUCAGGCCUCAGGAAUUUGGAAAGUGAUGAGGUCACCACAUCAUCGAGUACGGACAGCUCAGUGGACCCAACAAGCAGCCGGAUAUCAUUUGAUGAAGUCAGUCCUGCAUUUUUGGGGAGCUCUUGGGAGGAGAAUGAGACAGGAAUCACACUCAGAAAGCUGCCUAUCACCAAGGAAUUCAGUCCCAGACCAGAGCGGCUCCCAGCCAAAAGCCACAGCCAAGUUGCUGAAACAUCCUUACCCACAAUAUCCUCCAUAUCAUCAGGAAGUGUGGCCGUUAGUUCAAGGGAAAGCUCACCAGACAAGUCGGCUAGUGGCAUCAGAAAAGUGAUGCCAGAUUCCAGCUCUAGCAGUAGAUCAACAACUCUAAAAUCCAGGGAAAGCUCUCCCGAUUCAUCCCCUGUUGGCAAGAGUAUGGGACCGUUGAAGGGCCAAGAUGGAUUCUCCGGAGCAGUGCACCGGAAUAUCACUAGUAGGCAACAGAGGAGUAAUGCUGUGACUGUAAGGUCGCGAGAGAGCUCCCCAGAAACUUCAGGGUCCCCAGCGCUUAGGAAGCCUCAAGCCAAGAACUACCCUGCUACCUCAAAAUCAAACCCCAACAUCACCAUGCGUUCAAGAAAAAGUGAGAAAACAUCCACAAUUAGCCAGGAUGGCAAUGCAUCACAGCACAGUGCCUUCAUGCGACCAAUCAGCGACAAGACGGGCACCGAGUCCAGGAAGGGUCCAGUGAAAGUCCCACCCCCGACGGAAAAGACGGCGGCCAUGUUGGCAUCUCUUUCAGUCGCCACAGCCAGACCAGUGCCCCAAGUCACGAGACACACUCAGAUUCCGUCACCGGGACCCUACAAGGCCACAGACACCUCCAUCGGCUCCCUCGACACUGUGUACAAUGACCUACCAGCAAGUCUGGGCACCAUACCGGACUUCACUCUUGACAACCAUCAGGAUUUCCCGCUGGAUAAAGUGGUCCGGUUUGACGAGCCACCCAAAGGCGGCUCUGACAAGAAAAGUUACGUGGAGUUGGAGAAUAACCGUCUGAAGCUCUCCACCAUAUCAGUCACGAGGAAAAUUAAUGGCAUCUCCAGUUUGCCGUCAAGGAUAGAUAUUGGAUCCAAAGCACGAACCCUGAGGUCCAGUGAUAAACUAGCCUAUUUACUUGGACAGGAUAGUGGUUUUGAAAGUCCACAGUUAGAGGAACAAAUUUAAGUCUCUAAUAAACUUCAAAAACAGCUGAAAAUAAUUCUUAGCUCUGUGCAGAAUGGCUCAUUGUUCUUCACAACAUUGAGCUCGUUCAUAUACUUAAAUUGCAACUUCAAACAAAAGAAAUUGAAAGAGACAUUUUCUGCACUUCUUGAGUUGCCAGUAAUUUAAAUAGUUGCACUGUAAUGAACCGUAAAUAACUGAUGACGAAUCCAAAGUUACACUUGAGAUCACUUUUGGGCACAUUCUGUAGAACCACUAGCCUAGUGAAUUAUCAGCCUUCUAAAGAAAGCUAGAUUUCUGGAUUUACAGUGUAAUUUCAAUCUCACUUCAGAAUCACUUUGGGUCCAAUUGGUGACCAUAGUAACAGCCAAAUUAACAGGCCAAUUGGAAGUGACACAUGUUGCAGUGAAUUACACAAAUGUGGCAACUGUUCAUAUAUAAGAUUGGUGGGCAUUCCUUGUGCAUUUCAUCUGAAUUUUUCCUGUUCUGAUUACAAAUGCUGGAGUUCCACUUGCUCUGUAAUUCUGUAAAAUCCUCUCAAUGGAGUUUUUCUGGACUUGUUCAACAUGGACAGUAUUUAAUUGACUAUUCUAGCCCACCACUACAUUUUGACGAUGGUCUCCAUCUCCGAGGCUGAAGUCUUUGGCUACAGCAGCCUCCAUUUUUCGCUUCCUCUUGAUCAAAUGUUACAACACUCAAAAUGCCUACCAACACGUAUAUGCCUUAUUCUAUGAAUUUGUACACACUGUAAAUUUGAACAUGAUUGCGCAUGAAAUCUCUAAGCAAAGAAAAAGUGCUACUGCAUUUUUAAACCGAUUGAAGAUGACUUUUGGAAAUUGGAUUUCAUUGUAUAUACAUGUAGUUGUAAAUAGAAGUAAAGUUUUAUUUAUAUAUCUGUAAUUAAAUGUUGAUUUUUAAGUGUUGAAAUAAAAAUUAGAUAAAACAAAUCAGAGAUUAUUCUGACUGCUUUGAUCAUAAAAGUUGUCCAACUCAAUACCAAGUCACCCAAUUCAAUAUGACCUCAGUGGUGAAAAUGUUACGAUCCUCUGACCAGGGUGAAUGGCUUCCAAGCAGAUUACCACAAAUGGUUGAAAUGUUUUAGUCUGACCAGGGUGAAUGGCUUCCAAGCAGAUUACCACAAAUGGUUGAAAUGUUUCAGUCUGACCAGGGUGAAUGGCUUCCAAGCAGAUUACCACAAAUGGUUGAAAUGUUUCAGUCUGACCAGGGUGAAUGGCUUCCCAGCAGAUUACCACAAAUAGUUGAAAUGUUUUAGUCCGAACAGGAUAAAUGACAUCCAACAGACAGAUUAUCCUAAAUAUUUGAAAACAUUCACAGUUCUCCUAAAUGUCCAACACAUCAAAUAAUGAGAUCCUACAUGACAAACUCAUUUCAUAGUUAAGGGAUUUUUUUUUCAGUUACAAAUGGGACUCUAUUUCUGGACAAACAGUAAAAACAUUUGGACUUGAAAGACAAAAUGUACUUGUGGGCCGUAUAGAAACGCUGAAUGUUCUUUAUUGCAAAUGCCCACAAAAAAUGUUUAACCCAAGAAAUUUACCACACUGAUCUCUUCUUUGGUUUAAUCAUGUUUGGCACGUAAGCAACAGUUUUAAAACUGUAAUAAAACACUGAAAUACCAUGCUUAAAAGAAUUUAGUUUAAAAUCAAAAUGCAUUUACAAUCACAAAGGGUUUAAUGAUAAACACAUAAAUGAACGUGAUGGUACAUGUUUUAAAGCUUUGCAUAGAACAUGAUUUGAUGAUUCAAGAAGAAAAGUAAUCAGGAUAUCAAAAAAUGUUUAUAAAAGCAGACAGGAAAUUCAGUACUGAAAAGUGUGUAGUUUCACUAUUGCAGCUGACAAUGUCAAGAGAAUCUAUCACACUUUUGUGAAUUUGGUUUUGAUUGAGUAAUCUUUACCUGUUUCAGUAUAAAUCAAGGAUUAAAAUUACACUUGUGGCACUUUUUUCAUGAUGGCAGAAACACACACGAACAUGAGAUGAGAAUAAAGAAAUCAAAUUGA